CCACCAUCCUCCCUGCCCUUCUUUCAUGCCGAGCCUCGACGCACCCUCGGCGCGCGCCACCGCUGCCAGUGGUGCCGGCAGUGGCGCAGCGGCAGCCAAUGCCGCGCUCGCCUUGCUUGCACACGGCAGCAGCAGCAGCAGCAGCAGCAGCAGCGACAAGGCUGCCUCAGCAAGCCACCAGGCGAUCCAUCUCGAUGCUGCGCUGCUGGCGCGCUUGAAGAACAGUGUGCCGAAUCUGGGUCCUAGCAUCGAGCUCGCGGCGUUUCUCAAGGCCGACUUUGAGGCACAAGGAUAUGCCAAUCGCAUCUUGGACGCCACCUCCGAGGCUGCAGCAGGAGGCGCAGGCGGCGGCGCAGCAGGCAGACGCUCCGCAGCAGGCGUCGAAGCCAAGUCCGCCUCUGCUGCUGCUGCUGCUGCGACGACGACGACGACGACGACGACGACGACUGCGGCAACGCCAUCGAGGCUCACCGUCUCCGCCUCCGCCUCUGCGGGUGCAACUGCGACUGCGACUGCGACGGCGACGGCGGCUGCGAAGGCGACGGCGGCUACGAAGCCGUGGACGCCUGCGCAGCCCUCGCAGCAGCCGUCCGAGCAGUGCGAUGCCAUCUCUUCGCCGCCGCAGCAGCAGCAGCAGCAGCAGCAGCAGCAGCAACGAGGGCAAAGGGAGAGCACGGCGGGCAAGGAUGUCGAGGGAGAUGUGUCGGUGGCGCUGAGCAGGUUGAAUCUGGCCAUUGACGAUGUGGGCAGAGUGAUCAAAGAUGAGGUGACGGAACAUGCGCCACUGUUGCUUUCGCACACCAACGCCAUUCUCUCUCUCUCCUCUUCUUUUUCCUCCAGUCAAUCCUCCCUCUCUUCUCUUCGCUCCUCUCUCUCUCUUCUCUCCUCUCGCAUCUCCCUGCCCUACUCGACGCUGCAAACAUCUCGCCGUCGCCUCGCGCGCGUCAGAGGCGCAGAAAUGCUGCUGGCGCGCGCCGCGCGAUUUGUGACGCUGGCGCAGAGAUUGGAGAAGCAGAUGCAGUGGCUUGGCAUGACGGAGGAGGAGGGAGAGGCAAAGGGAAGGGGAUUGGCUAGAGCGGCACUUUGUGUGAGGGAGCUUACGGCACUCUUGGCGACGCCUGAGAGCGACAAGCCGAACUCAACGCAAGCCAACUCGGUGCGGAAGAAUGGCGCUUCAACGCCUGCGUCCGCCUCUUCCUCCUCCGACGACGACGACGAAGGCGCGGUCAGCGACGCUUCUUCUUCUUCUUCCUCCUCGCAUUCCGACGAGUCUAGCUCCGACUCGAGCAACUUCAGCGCGCACACGGGCGAGACGCUGCCUCUGACGCAGCUCGACUUCGUCAAUGCCUACCUGCCGCUCAUCGACGAAUGGCGUCUGGGCGUCACGGACGCCAUGGAGGACAUGGUCGUCCGAGGAUUGCGCGAUUUGUCGCCAGCUCUCCUGGCAACGUCUUUGCAGACGGCCUUCAACCUCGCCCAACUGCCCGCACUCGUGAGAGAUCUACUGGCCGAUCUGACAGAUGUGAUCCGUGAACGAGUGCGUGCUGCAUUGGACGUUGGAACGUUGGCCAAGGAGACUGGUGUUCGCGAGCCUACAACCGCGCCCACGCCCUCGUCGUACGCCUCCUAUCGUUCCCGUCGCAACUUCACGCCCGCACCCGCGGCCGACGUGGGCGCGGCGCAGGCAUGGACGGCGGCGCUGUGGCGCCGCCUCGAGACGCUCCUCGUCGCCGAAAUGGGCGCCGUGUGCGCAAAGGUGUACACGCUCGAACGAGUGCUGCGCCUCAAGAACGACGGCGCCACGGGCGUCAACUUCUUGGACGAGGCACUGAGCGUCCUUGGCGAUCUACCCAGCUUUCUGUUCUGGACUACCGUGUCUCAAUCGCUCGAGAGUGCCACUCGGGAAGCUGCCAAGUCCUCGCCAUUCGUAGCCGAAGCGCUAGGAGCAGGCUAUCCUCGCCUGCUGCGUCUCUUUGCCGACUUCUUCAACCGCGUCUCCAACUUCACUGGCACGACGUAUACGCAACUUGAGCAGAGGUGA